AUGGACGAGUCAUUGGACGCUGUUUCAAGAGAACAGACUUAUCCAUGGCCUAUUGUGGAACAGUUUUUGAAAGAUAGAAAAUCAGGUAGUAUAGGGCUAGAUGUCGGAUGUGGUAAUGGGAAAUAUUUAGGUGUCAAUAAAGAUGUUUUCAUGGUUGGAAGUGAUAGAUCUGAUGGUCUUAUUUCAUGUGCUAAAGAAUUUGGUCAUGAAGUUAUGGUUAGUGAUGGGUUAAGUCUACCACAUCCAAACAAUAGAUUUGUAACUGUUAUUCAUCAUUUUUCCACUCCAGAAAGACGUACACAAGCUAUCGAACAUAUUUUAUCAAAACUAAAAAGUGGAGGUGAAGCUCUAAUAUAUGUAUGGGCUUUGGAACAAGAAAAAUCAAGAAGAGGUUAUAAAGAAGGUGAUCCACAAGAUGUUUUAGUUCCAUGGGUUUUACAGAAAAAAGAACCUAAAAAGGAAAAGAAAACUAAAAAGGAAAAAAGAGCUGAAAGGGAAAGAUUAGCUCAAGAACAAGCCAAUGGUGGUGAAGAAGUUCAAAAUGAAAAUGCAGAAGAAUCAAAACCUGAAGAAAAACCUGAAGAACCAGAUACAAAAUUUAGAUAUUAUCAUUUAUACAAGAAAGGUGAAUUAGAAGAGAAUGCCGAAGCUGCAGGUGGAUCUAUUGUAUAUAACGGUUAUGAAAGAGAUAAUUGGUACGCUGUGAUCAGAAAGUCAUAG